AUGUCGGCGAAAGUUGCGAAACCUCCGCCACCGCCCGCUGUUAAGGAUAUAACAAGUUUGCAGGUUUCUUUGCCACAAAUGCUAGAUCUUGCUCUAGGAACACCGGAGGUCGGGGCGGUGAAUUUCAACAUUCUUCAUAAUUUCCUUCACAUACUGUUGCAUCAGAUUGAUCUGAAAUCGAUGAAGGUUGAAUAUCGCGGCGAAGAUGCGAAUCGAAUUAAGACGAUGGUAACUUCCUUAAAAUCAGGACCGUCUCUUUAUUUUCAAGAGUACAGCGUUAUCGACGGCUCGAAGAACGUGAAACAGCACACGCGCGACACCAACGACGUAACAAUGUUUAAUAAUUUAGAAGAUCAAACUGAAGUAAGGAAACUGAAAGGGACGAAGCAACAAAUAGGAACUAAAGGGGAUAGUGAACGCGAAACUGUAAUAUACGUGGAACCGAUUGUCAAUGAUGUUAUUCCUUCAGCUCUAGCAUUUAAACGUCUCGAACAUACCGUGAACGAGCUUCAAAGACAAUUCCAAGCGCUCGAGGAAUUGUCAUCGAAUUCAGAGCUCGUUGAUCGUCUGAAGGGUAAACUUACGGAUCCUCUGACAGAUGUCUGGAAUAUUAUUAACAUCACGAAGAGACUGGAUGCUAGUGAGCAAGGUAUAGAUAAGUUGACGACAAUGGUACAAGAUGUGUUCAAAGACGACAAAAUCGUGGAAGCGGCGCCAGAAGAGCCGUCGCGACUCGAGGAAAGAUUGACGAACUUAGAGCGCGUUCUUAAUAACUUGGAGAACACCGUUAGGAACUUGGAGGUAAUCGCUGAUGUGACUGACGAGGGCGGAGAGGGAGCGGUCACCGGGACAGAAACGGCGAGGGACGAAAAGGAAAUUGGUGUGCAGCCUCGGGUUUCUUUGAGCCAGAUACUCGGCGGAAUAGACAUAAAAGAAAUGCAGGAAAACGUGACCAAGUUGCAGAAGAAUGUUUCAACGAUGCGGGGAGAUCUGAAGAACUUGAUGGAAAAGGUCGCUGAAAUACAGACUGAAGACGAAACGGUGAAGCGCAAGGAAGAAAAAUCGGAGGAAAAAGGAGAAAAGCAAGAAGCUACUGAGUCGGGGACAGAAGGAGAACCAGUGGAAGAAGAAUCUGAAGAAACGGCUGAGCCAGUUUUAUCGAAGAGUCCUGUGAGCCCUAAAAAGACGCAAAAGGAUGUGGACACUGUGGAUCUCGGAGAGUUUACAGACCCAAAUGAGAUGAAAGUCAUGAAAGAGCGUAUCUUAAAGUUGGAGAAAGAUGUGAUUUGCUUGCAGGAGAAAGUAAACAGCGCGCCAAUGGCCGGCGUCACUGGUAGCCCGGAGCUCGAUGAAUUAGUUUCGAAAAUUCAAAGUGUCCAGACUGAUAUGGAGAAAUUGAACCAGACCGCGGACCGACUGAUCGAUGACAGAGAGAAUCGUGAAAUGCAUCUUAAUGCCUUACUGGAGCAAAUUGAACUUCUGAAGACGAUAAAAGCGGACAGGGAAGAUCUCGAGGAUGCACUGGCUGACAAAGCUGACGCUCAAACAGUGCACAGAAAGGUCUCGUACGAUCAAUUCGACGCUGCUUGCGAUGACCUCGCUCAAGGUCUCGAGGACGCCAUUAACAAACUGGGAACACAGGAAUCGAUCUGGCAGCAAGCUCUGGACGAAGUGCAGAAGGAAAUCGAGGGGAAAGUUGACAAAAUAGAGAUGACGCCGUUGAAGGAUUUCGUGAGCACGAAACUGAAAGCUGUUCAGGACAAACUGAGGAGCGUCGCUCAAAUGGGACAGGACACUGAUGCUGCGGGAACUAAAAAGCUACUCAGGGACGUGCAAUGCAUAUCCUGCGACAAGAACGUGGUAAUGAAGAUGCAGGACACGAACAAAUUAAAAAUGGAACCAUUCCCGUGUGGCAUCAGUAUGAAGCCGUAUCUCACCUACGAAUUGGAUCAAGUUAGAAAACAGCAUAGACGCUUGCCUCACAGCAGAAAUAUGAUUCAAUUUGAGGCAGCCUUGCAAGAGGAGGCGAAGAAGCAAAAAUCCGCGAGAUCAGACAGGCUUGUAAAAACACCUAGAGAUCACUUGUGCAAUCGAUAUUGCGGCGGAAGUCACACGGUUACGACGCCUCAGCAGAGAGUGAUGCGAAUGGGUCACUUUAUCAGUCAGUGGGGGCCGGAAGUGGUGCAGUUGACCGAAGGAAUGAUAAAGGGAACAGACGGAAAGCUGUAUAGGGGUCGACCGCCACCUGGAAAAAUUGACGUUUGCGGACCUGCCUAUUGUCAGGACAACGGAGACGAAGUAAAAGCUUCGGAACGACCAUUAUCCGGUGCUACGUCUUCUCGAAAAGCUGCGGAGAAACAAGCAUCGAUUGUUCCAAGUAAAUUGUUGCUAUUUCAAGAUUAUACAUGAUGAAAAUAAUAACUCAAAUGCGUUAAACGUCGUUUUUAUAGAAAGAAAGAGCUCAAAAAGGGUAUCUAAUGGUGUAGCUAGAGAAACUCCGGCCACAGAAGAGUUCAUGGAAGAAGUGCAAAUGAAACAGACAGGUGAACAGGACAAAGAAGGAAUGCGUCAUCGAAGUUUGUAUUCGGAUCAAAUGUAUCAUUACGAAAUGGUGCAGGAAGAAGAAGACGUAUAUGG